AUGGGAUGGAAGGGAGCCGUAGAAGGUUUGGGGCAGGAGGAGGGGCGAUACUGGGGGAAACUGUCCAGGAAGUCUCGUGGGUCCUCCGUGUUCAGGCACAGCCGAGCCACGGCUCCGGAACAAGCCCCGGCCCCACCCCGGCCGUACCAGGGUGUCCGCGUGAAGGAGCCAGUGAAGGAACUGCUCCGGAGGAAACGUGGCCACGCCAGCAGCGGGGCGGCUGUCACACCUACGGCGGUGGUGCUGCCCCAUCAGCCCCUGGCGACCUACACCGCAGUGGGUCCUUCCUGCCUUGACAUGGAGGUCUCUGCUUCCACGGUGACAGAGGAGGGGGCCCUGUGUGCCGGCUGGCUCUCCCAGCCUGCCCCGGCCACCCUCCAACCCCUGGCCCCGUGGACACCCUACACGGAGUACGUGUCCCACGAAGCCGUCAGCUGCCCCUACUCAGCGGACAUGUACGUGCAGCCCAUGUGCCCGAGCUACACGGUGGUGGGGCCCUCCUCCGUGCUGACCUAUGCCUCCCAGCCGCUCAUCACUAACGUCGCGACGAGAAGUGCGGCUGCGCCCACAGUGGGGCCCCAGCUGGAGGCCCCGGAGCACCAGGCGCCCCUCACCUACUUCCCAUGGCCUCAGCCCCUGUCCACACUGCCCACCUCCACCCUGCAGUACCAGCCUCCAGCCCCAGCCCUGCCCGGGCCCCAGUUUGUCCAGCUGCCCAUCUCCAUCCCCGAGCCAGUCCUCCAGGACAUGGAAGACCCCAGGAGAGCCAUGAAUUCCCUGACCAUCGACAAGCUACUUUUGGAGGAAGAGGAUGGUGACGCCUACGCACUCAACCACACGCUGUCCGUGGAAGGCUUUUAGGGUGUGCUCCCGCCUGAGAAUCCUGUUCCCUGAAACUGGGAUUUAAAACAGGAUUUAAAACAGGGAACAGGAUUCACAUCUGUUUGGAGUAGCCAUGUUACAACUACACUUUGCACCCCAAACUAGAGUGAUAGACUUUCCCUCCUCCCUCCUACCCUCCCUCCCCUACUUCCUUCCUUUUCCCU